AUGGUUAUAGCCAGCAAGAAAUACCUGCUGUAUAUAGAGGAGUUAGACCUGAUAGGUCUACCGCCGGCAUCGCCUUUGCAACAGUUGCUGCCCAUAUUGAGGGCGCAUUUCGUUCGAAUACCCGCGGAGCCGGGCGAUAACUGCGCGCGCGGCGACUUAUUUUCGUUAAAGCGACGGCAGCGCCGCGCGGCCUACAACACGCUCGUGCGCCGAGCAACUCGCGCUCAUCUGACGCGACGCCAAUGUUACGAGACACAAGAUCUCGGGGUUACGGAUUCCUCAUUUUAUUAUCGCUGCGAGUACUUCUCUUUGAAGAAUCGACUAUGA